AUGGCCGCUCAAAUGAACUCCACGUCUCCAAUGGCUAAGCCAGCCCGCCAAAUCACCAAACACGUCUGUUGCAUCAUCCCACCUCCCCUCCUCAAAGAAAUCCUCGACAACGGUAACCCCUCCGAACCCACGCGCAUCGCCCUCGAGAAAACCUAUCACCACAGCUGCAAGCUCACCGCGAACCGCAAGAUCCGCAACGCCGCCAUCGCCAAACCAGCCGGCAAAGUCCAGGGCCUCGCAGCAGGAGGUAGGUCAUCGAUCAUCACCCCUCAGAUCUUCAGCGCCAUCGCAGAGUCGUCUGAGACGAGCGAGGCGCAGAAAGAACGUGCCCAGCACAGUCUGCAGACUACCUCGUCCCUCCAUACCGCGCGCGCUGCAAAAGCUGAUGCGAGAAUAGUGGCUCCUACGCCGACCGAGGUGAUCCAUCGCGUCAUCUACGACUCGAAGAAGACGCCGAAACUACGCAAGACGCUGAUUGUGGAUGAGGCGAAGGGGAGCACCACGACGCUGACAGAUGCGGAUGCGAAGAAUGUGUAUGAUUAUUUUGGGAAGACGUAUCAGUUUUAUGAGGAGGUGUUUCAGCGGACUUCGAUCGAUGAUGAUAAUCUCAAGAUGAUUGGGAGUAUUCAUUAUGAUGAUCAGCCUGGUCCUCCUGGUAUGGAUAACGCUUUCUGGGAUGGUGAUGAGAUGGCGUUUGGGGAUGGCGAUGGCGAGAUCUUUGGGAGUUUUACGAAGAAUAUCGAUGUUAUUGGUCAUGAACUCACACAUGGUGUUGUUCAAUAUACCGCGAAUCUCGCUUAUGAGUUCCAAUCUGGUGCUCUGAAUGAGAGUAUGGCAGAUGUGUUCGGAACGAUGAUUAAGCAAUAUUUCGGACCCAAGGGCAAGGUUCUGGCUGCUGAUGCAGACUGGCUUAUCGGCGAGGGCAUUUUCCUUCCUGCGAUCACGGGCGCAAAGGCGUUGCGCUCUAUGAAAGCACCCGGGACUGCUUAUAACAACCCGAAAGUUGGAAAGGAUAGUCAACCUGCUGAUAUGGAUGGGUAUAUGGAUCUUCCCAACACCGAUGCUGGCGAUUCUGGUGGUGUGCACAUGAACUCUGGAAUCCCGAACCGCGCGUUCUAUCUUGCGGCUACGAGCUUGGGCGGGUAUAGUUGGGAGAAGGCUGGGAAGAUUUGGUAUGAGAGUUUGAAAGAUGAGAGUCUCAUAGGUGUCGAUACCAAGGCCGCGUUCAAGGUGUUUGCGGACUUGACGGUUAAGUAUGCGAAGAGUUUGUUUGACGCUGAUGUUGAGAAGAAGGUUAAGGAUGCCUGGGUCACCGUCAAGGUCUUGACUGCUGAGAAGGGCGAGCUUUGA